UGUCGCACCUCUCGCUCAUCAUUUCCAUCCGAUAUCAUGCAUGUGGAUAAAUGGUUUCUAAUAUAAGAACCAAGAAGUAGAGCGAAGUAUAUCUGAUACCAAUUACCAGUCUUCGAACUCGAAACAAAUUCUAUCUAGCAGAACUAAUUCUUGGAUCUUUCUUCUCCCAUAUAUUCAAUUCCUCUAAAGCAUUCUCUCAAAUAUUAUAAAAUCAUGAAUAUCCCCCGAAAACAUAACCCCUACCUCGAUCCUACCAAUAAACAACACCGCGACUAUACCCGUCUGGACGUCUCUCACUCCCCUGACAACGUCCCAGAUACCCCUUUCAACUCGCCUACCGCCAUGUCUCUCUCACACACUGAAUGGUCAAGUCCAAAUCUAAAUCCAAUUUCUCUAAACCAAAUCAUUAUGGAUGGAAAUAAAUCAUCGCCAUCAUCAUCACUACCACGGCAACCACAUCAAUCACAUACACACCAGCCUACAUCCGCACACUCAGACUGGAGACCCAUAUCUCGAGAUCGUGUUGGAUCAUCUGGGUCAGAAAGAUCAGAAAUUACUAGCGACAGUAGAAAAUGCCGCUGUAGAGAUGGAGGAGUGGAAAAAAGAGACAGUGGUAAUGGACCCAAUUCUAGGCCUAAAAGUUAUAACGACAGUCAUUGCGAGCAGUGCAUUCUGCGAGAUGACGGCGUGGAGAGAGGAAGAUGUAGGACGAGGACGAAUUCUAGUAGUUCAAGGGAUAAAACGAGCGGUUCUAGAGAGAAGAGGAGGAGGUUGGAUCUCUGAUGUGUGCGGCGUCUCUUAUAUGUCCAAAAAUAAACCCGGAUUAGUGGAAUAAGGUUACAUGGAGUUCAUCAAAUAUUAAUAUCACAAAAAGGGUGCCACAUCAAUAUGUGCUCGCCUUUAGC